AUUUCAUAUUCAACUUAUAAGACAAAGAGAAAAUAAUUAUUAGUUUAAAAUCAUAUCUGAAAUAUUCAAUAAAUGGAUAACAAGACAACUACUAAAAACAAUGCAAACAAAAACAACAACAAUUGGCGACAACGGCUUGUUUCAGGAAUUCUUCAAUAUUUGCCCGAAAGUCUCACCUCAAGAGUGAUCGGAAGGGAUGCCAUAUUCAAGUCGACCACAAACAAGACAUUUGAAAACGAGGACAAACUGCCGGCACUACCGGUACCGUCGCUCAAGACAUCACUAGAGCUGUACUUGGAGACUGUGAGACCGGUGGCCACCGAUGAUGAAUACGCUCGGACCGAGACUAUUGUCCGCAACUUUGAGAACGGAAUCGGCAAUGAUUUGCAACAGAUGCUUAUGAAACGAGCCGAGAGUAGCAAAAAUUGGUUGGAGUUAUGGUGGGAGGACGUGGCUUAUCUCCAGAAUCGGUUGCCAUUGAUUCCAUUUUCAAAUAUGACCGGUUCGCUACCCAAUUAUGACUACUGGCCCGUACAGACCGGCACACGACUCGAGCGUCUGGCUUUACUCAUCUAUUUUCAUCUACAGUUUUGGCAAUUGCUUAGAAAAGAACAACUGAAACCAGUGCUAAACAAAAGUGGACAACCAUUGGCAAUGAAUCAGUUUCAUCGGGUGUUCAAUACAUGUCGUAUACCCGGCAAACACAAGGAUUCACUUAUUGAAAACUUUAAGACGGAGUCAGAGGGAGGCUCUUCACCCAAUAAUAUUAUACUACUAUAUAAGGGACACAUAUUUUCAUUUGAUUUGGUACAAAAUGAUCAGCUGCUGACCGCACCAGAAAUUGAACACCAGUUAAAACAUAUUGAGAACUGGUGUCAACAAAAUGGCACAACUGGUUCAGGUAUUGGCUCACUGACCACAACCGAUAGGACUAAAUGGGCGGACAAUAGGGAUUAUCUCAUUAAGUUAAAUAAAGACAAUGAAGACAUAUUGAAUACUAUUGAGAACUCUAUGUUUGUGGUGGCUUUAGAUGAUAACCAACCCAUCGGUCAAGAAGAGAUAUUACGAGAAGCACUGUUAGGCUCGGGAUGCGAAAACAGAUGGGCGGAUAAGUCGUUUACAAACAUUGCUUAUGUUAACGGAAACUUUGCCGCAAACUUAGAUCACACACCGUUUGACGGUCUGGCCAUAGCUACAGAAGCGCAAUACGUGUUGAUGUCGCUCAGCGAGUGUAAAGGUGUCUACAACGGACCAAAAACAAAGCGCACUCUACCGGAACCGCUGCUUCUGGAGUUCAAAAUUGACGAUAAAAUUGUCAAUGAGAUAGAAAUUGCCAAAUACGCGCACCGGCAGAUGUGCGACUCCAUUGAAAUUACUUACAAAGUUUUUACCGAAUACGGCCGAUCCGUAUCAGCCAAACACCAGAUACAUCCCGAAGCGUACAUUCAGGUGGCCGUACAGUUGGCCUACUAUAGAAUACAUGGGAAGGCAGCUCCCACUUAUUGUACGGCCACUACACGCAAGUUUUAUAGAGGACGUACUGAGACGUGCAGACCGUGCGUUUCAGAGACUGUAGACUUUGCUCGAGCCGUGACUGAGGGCAACAAAGAUGACUCGGAAUUGUAUGAAAUUCUUAUAAAAUCUGGCAAAAAGUUUCAGCAAACGAUGGCAAGCGCUACGAACGGCGCCGGCUGUGAUCGACACUUACUUGGCCUCUAUCUGACAGCACUGGAGAACGGUAUGCAAGUGCCCGAUCUGUACACCGAUCCGAUGUAUGUGAAGAGCGGUGGUAACGGUAACUUUGUGCUAUCGUCCAGUUGUGUCGGUUAUCUCAAUAUUUGCGGUUCAGUACCGCCAAUGGUCGAGAACGGCUACUCUUUUUUCUACGGCAUUGAAUCGCAUCAAUAUUCGUUUACCAUCUCGUCGUACAAGAGCUGUCCAGAGACCAGUGCCGUACGGCUACAACAGGAGCUGCACGAAGCGCUUAUGGAUAUGAAACGCAUUGUCGACUCACAACAGACACAAUAAGUUGUAGUCACACCAGAAGAAUAAGAAGAAUAAGUUUAUUCAUGAGAUAUAUAUAUAUAUAUUUGAUUAAAAGUAUAUUUGAUCCACUAUUUUGUUGUGUGCUUUAAAGGAGACAAAUGUUUAACUUGUUGUCCACAUUAUAUACGAUUGUUUAUAUGUUUGUUAAUAUGUAUAGUAUGAUUGAGAUGAAUGGACAAUCAAAUUGUUUUUUUUAACUGACAAACAUCUUAUAAAAAUUGUUGACAAAAUUUCGGACACAUAUUGUACUGAAAUUAUAUAUUAUAUAAUUUUUUCUGAUCUUUUUUUUAUAGAAAUAAUUUGUAUAAUUUUUUUUAUUAAUUUAAUUUUUACUAAUGUUU